AUGUCGUCCCCUGGAGAGGAUACAUAUGUGAUAUUGGGACCGCUCGCACAAGCCCUGCUCCCACACGCAACCUCCAGCAACUUUUGCACAUACAAAUACGAUGGCGGCAUCGACCGCAAGUGCAUCGAGAAGCACGUCAGCCUGAUCAAAAGCGUUGCCCAGGUGAAGGGCACACUGGCGUUCAAGAGGGACCAGUGGAUGCAGGCGCUCAAGGAGGUGGCCAAGGAGAAUCUCAGUUUCAGGAGCCGAGGGGAGCAAGCGACGUGGCAGACCGAGCUGCAGAAACGUCUCUCUAAGAUGUGCCGCCACGCGGGCCAGUACCUGAUCAAGGAAUCGCCGCCGAACGAGCUUGCAGAUGACGAGGCCACGGGCAGGGCGAACGCGGAGACCAAGGCUGAGCAGAAGUCCGAGACCAAGAGCGCCGAGAGCAAGAACCCCGAGACGAAGUCCGAGCCCAAGAGCGCCGAGAAGGAGUCCAAGCCGCAGGUGCAGUACGACCACGGGUACGAUGCAGACGCCCGCUGCGCUUUCAGGACGCGCAAAGGCGGCAAGAAGGUCUACCACCCAGAGUACGCGAUCAGCAUGCACGAGCCGCCAAACGCGAAGAUGACGGACAGCAUGUCUGCGACCUUCAAGAACACUGAUGGCACCUUGGAGACGGUGAUGGUGGCCCAGAUGACGGUCGCCAAAUGGCGGGCGAGUGCCGAUGGCAAGAAAGAGCCAGUCGACGGUGGCGGCGCAGGUGGCAAGAAAGAUCACCACCCCAUGAAGGCGACCAAGGGGCGUGCGGCCGACAGGCAGGGCUGGGUUGGCACGGACAAGGAUGGCACUAAAGUCGAGGCGUUCAUCCGCAGCGACGACGCCAAAGGCAAACCUCCCAAAAGGCUCGCCGUCGUCGCGGUGGACGGCCACGCCGUGGUGACCAUCAACGUGCAGCACUUCGAGGAGACCGCCGAGAAGAACAAACAGGCGGCUGGCUUGGCGUGGGCAUCAGUCAUCGCGGAGAAGCUGGCAGCAGGGACGAUCGAUAAGGACGAGGCCAUCAAAGCUAAGAUGGAGAAACUGUCGGAGAGCGGCUUCGAGUCGCGCGUGUCCAAAAAGAGGCCAGCGGCAGCGGUCAGUGCUUCGGCAGGUGCUUCAGCUACAGGUGCACAGAUGAAGAGGCCAGCGGCAACGGUCGAGGCCGACACGCCGACACCUGCAGCUUCAGAGGGUGACGGCACGCCUGCUGCUGCGACCCCACCGCCCAAGAAGAAGGCGGAGUCGCCGAUCGCUCGCAAGACCCAGCUGUCGCCGCCGACUCCUUCAUCGGAUGAGGUGUCGGAGUGA